UUCCCUAGUCGCCAUGGCUCCCAAAGAGUCCUUCUCAGCCAAACAGCUGCGCUUGAAGCAGCAGCAAGAGGCUGAGGAAGAUGAAGCCACUGCCGAACGGAUCGAACGCGAAAUGGCCGAGGAGAUCAAUGCGCAAGCAGAGCAGAACGCCUUCCGGAUACCUGCCUGGGUCAACAUUGCUGGAGCUUUGCUGGGCGUGUUGCAGCUGAGCUAUCGAAUCGAACAAGAACGGGAGCGGCGCGCAGAUGAUUAUUUUGCGAACCCCAGACCUGAGAUCUAUUCCGUCGUUGCGUCCAUGUCCUUCGAAGUCGGAGUGGCGUUUCUGAUUGCUAUCAAUUGUGUUCUCCUGGGCUGGCAAGCGUCCUUGCCGGAGAACGAGAAUGCACUUCUGUUUGACAUUUGCGAACACAUUUUUGUCACAAUUUUCUUGAUAGAGUGGUGCAUGCGAGUCAUUGCCUUUGGCUGGGUGUGGAUCUUUGAAUUUUCCAAUGCGGCGGACACCGUGAUGGUCUUUAUCUUUGGCGUGUUUCCAAAAUGGGUCCUGGACCCUUUAGGCAUCAAUGCAACAUUCAUCCGCGUUUUUACUGUAAUGAGAGCCCUGCGACUGGCCAGAUUAGCACGUGCUGUGCGGCUAAAGCCGGCGUUCAAGGAGCUGUGGAUUCUAAUCCAUGGAUUGACGACCUCAUUCCGACCGUUGAUGUGGACAAUUUUAAUUGCAACCAUCGUGUUGUACUUGGGAGGUUUAGCAGCAACUGAGAUCAUAGGCAAGAGUGAAUUGUUUCUUGAUGAACCCAACAUCCAGUACUUAUUUGGAGACCUGCUGAAAUCGAUGUACACCAUGAUUCAGCUAUUGACUCUGGACACUUGGGUUGAUACGAUCGCGCGCUAUGCCAUUGAUCCAACAUUUUCAGCAAAUGGGAAAGCCUACUUUCCCUACUGUAUUUUCUUCGUGCUUUUCAUUGGCAUUGGUGUUUUCGUCUUCUGGAAUCUCAUUACCGCGAUCAUCGUUGAGACUGCUUUUGCUAUUUCCUCUGAUGACUCCAAUUCACAAGCGAGAGAAUUGGAGAUGGCCAAAAAGGCUGAGAUUGAGAGUCUCACACAGAUUUUCCUGGAGAUCGACAAGGAUCACUCGGGGGAGCUCAGCUUCAGCGAGUUUGAGAAUGCUCUGAACAUUCCCAAAGUCAGGCAAAUGCUUGACGUUUUGGGUAUUCAAGCCAAUGAGUUGGAGGAGGUUUGGUAUGUCUUGGACGAUGGCGACAAUUGCCUCACGAUCAAGGAGUUCACUACUGGCAUACGACGAAUGCGUGGCCAAGCAAAGGCGAAGGACCUGGCAGAUACGGUCAAGAGAUUGCGCCUGGCAACGAAGAGUGCCAAGGAGCUGCUUGCGAAUGCAGAUCAGUUCCAUAGUUCCCUUCUACAUCUUGAAGACGAGUGCGGUCGGAUCUCUGACGAUACUGGCCGCAUGGUGGGUCUGUUCCACGAGAUGUAUCACAGGCUCAAUUCUCACCUGGAGAUUUGCAACAAGCAAAAUAUUCAGAGAGAGGCUGCCAGAAAGAAGGCAAAACUCAAGGCUGCACAAGAAGAGGCUAUGAGAGCAGAAGCGAAUCAGCCGGAGGAUGAAGAUGAGUAGUGAUGACCGACUUCAGAUAUCUUCUUUGAUUUUGUAUAACAUAUAGAUAGCGGAGUCCUUUUUGUCGAAAAGGCUCACAGCACAUAGAGCCUUUGAACAUUGCUUCACCUUCAUACUCCUG